AUGUACCCCGCGGAUUGCGUGAUCGGGAACCUUCGGGGAAGCAGCGUGGGCGCGUACUACAUCAGCGGGUUGUCUCGCUCCCAAAUAGACGGAGGAGCAGCUCCUGCUUCAGUGGCAGCAACAUCACCACCUGGGCUCUCCCUCGUGAAAGAAGAGUGCUUUUUAGACGUCUCAGAAACACUCUUCUUUCACGUUCGACUCAAAAGUCAGCUUGCUUCAGUGACAGAAACAUCACCACCUGGGCUCUCCCUUUCCUUGUCCUCUCGCCUUCUCUCCUCCUCAACUCCUCUCCCUCCUUUUCCUCCCGACCUCUCUCCUCCUCAACCCCUCUCCCUCCCUCCAACCCUCUUCUGCCUGCAGGUUCUCUCGAUCAGAAGGGGACGGAAAGGCAGUACCAGUCCUCUCAAUCAGGAGGAAACAGAAGGGCUGUGCCAGAGAGCUUCAGUGGCAGCAUCAUCAUCUGGGCUUUUCCCCUUCCCUUCCCCUCCAACCCACCCACCCCCUCCUAUUUGCAGGUUCUCUCGAUCAGAGGGGAAUGAGGGGCGGUAUCAGUUCUCUCGAUCAGAAGGGGACGGAGGGGCGGUACCAGUCAGUUUCAAUGGCAGCAACAGCCUCAACUGGGCUUUCUCUGACUCUGGAUCGACUGAGCUGGCCUUCCAUGGCAACAACGCGUGA